CGCAGCCGCCGCAGCCGGACCGCGUCGUCUCCGCCCCGGGAAGGGCCUCCGCGGGGCCGCCGGGCUGCGCCGCGCCUGGGAUGAGCAACAGUUCGGCCCGCGCUCUGCCUCCGGGAGUGAGCCCCUGGCCCCCAGUGGCGGCGCCUCGGCCGCCGCUGCUCCAGCUCCGGCCGCUGCCCGCCGGCACCCCGACCGCGGGCGGUUUCUCCCUCUUCCCCCAGUGGCCGAGGCGCCUGGGCCGGCGCUGGCCCGCCUCGCCGCUCGGCAUGAAGGUGUUCCGCAGGAAGGCGCUGGUCCUGUGCGCGGGCUACGCGCUUCUGCUCCUGCUCACCAUGCUCAACCUCCUGGACUAUAAGUGGCACAAGGAGCCGCCGCAGCAGUGCCGCGGGGAGCCCCCCGGGGCCGCACAGCCCCCGGCGCGCCCCGACCUCCGCUCCCUCUACCGCGAGCCCGCAGCCGCGGCUCCGGGCAGCUCGGGGCCCGGCCCGGGGGGCGGCGGCAACAGCAGCGGCCCCGGCUCCAGCUCCGGCCCGGGCCCCCGCAAGCGCCAGCUGGUGUACGUGUUCACCACGUGGCGCUCGGGCUCGUCCUUCUUCGGGGAGCUCUUCAACCAGAACCCCGAGGUGUUCUUCCUCUACGAGCCCGUGUGGCACGUGUGGCAGAAACUGUACCCCGGCGACGCGGUGUCCCUGCAGGGCGCGGCGCGGGACAUGCUGAGCGCCCUCUACCGCUGCGACCUCUCCGUCUUCCAGCUGUACAGCCCCGCGGGCAGCGGGGGGCGCAACCUGACGACGCUGGGCAUCUUCGGGGCCGCCACCAACAAGGUGGUCUGCUCGUCGCCCCUGUGUCCGGCCUACCGCAAGGAGGUGGUGGGGCUGGUGGACGACCGCGUAUGCAAAAAGUGCCCGCCCCAGCGGCUGGCGCGCUUGGAGGAGGAGUGCCGCAAGUACCGCACCCUCGUCAUCAAGGGGGUGCGGGUCUUCGACGUGGCCGUGCUGGCCCCGCUGCUGCGGGACCCGGCCCUGGACCUCAAGGUCAUCCACCUGGUGCGGGAUCCCCGGGCGGUGGCCAGCUCCCGUAUCCGCUCCCGCCACGGACUCAUUCGGGAGAGCCUUCAGGUGGUGCGCAGUCGGGACCCGCGGGCGCACCGCAUGCCCUUCCUCGAGGCGGCGGGACACAAGCUGGGCGGCAAGAAGGAGGGCUUAGGAGGCGGGCCGGCCGACUAUCACGCCUUGGGGGCCAUGGAAGUCAUUUGCAACAGCAUGGCCAAGACCCUGCAGACGGCGCUGCAGCCCCCGGACUGGCUGCGGGGCCACUACUUGGUGGUGCGAUAUGAGGACCUCGUGGGGGACCCUGUCAAGACGCUGCGCAGGGUCUAUGACUUCGUAGGGCUCCUGGUGAGCCCGGAGAUGGAACAGUUUGCCUUGAACAUGACCAGCGGCUCGGGCUCGUCUUCCAAGCCCUUCGUGGUAUCGGCUCGCAAUGCCACCCAGGCAGCCAACGCCUGGAGGGCCGCCCUCACCUUCCAGCAGAUCAAGCAGGUGGAGGAGUUCUGCUACCAGCCUAUGGCGGUGCUGGGCUACGAGAGGGUCAACAGCCCCGAGGAGGUGAAAGACCUCAGCAAGACUCUGCUCCGGAAACCCCGGCUCUAGGAUAGGGUACGGGAGGGGAGACCCGGACUGGGCUUGGCUCCCACUUGGAACCCCGCCCCCCAGGACCUGCUGAGAACUUUGUGGGCUCGGGCGAAUCACGGUGCCCAGUGAAAGGAUAGCCUAAGACCCCAGUCGGGAAGACUUAAGUAUUCUCUCUGUAUCGUAUAUUAUACAAAAAAUUACACUCACACUUGCUAGAAAUGGUUUUGAAUUACGGGGUUUCAAGGAACAGCUACUACGGGUACUUCCCAGAAGAGAUCAGACUUGAAAGAGUUGGCAAGUUUCCCCUCCCCCCUUCUUCCUUCCUUCCAUGCCAUCCCAUCCCCCUCUCACCUUCCGUUCGGAAGUGGGAUGUUGUUCAAAUUCUCAGCAACCAAAAUCUUGUUUACAAACUUUCUGUGGUGUCUGUGGUCAUGUAAAUGAACAGCUUGGAUUUUGGAGAGGGUUGGGUUGAGGGUAGGGGGUUUAGGGAUUGGGUCACUGAGUGGGGUCUGGAGCCCAGGGGAGAAGCAGAAAUCACGGAUUCGUAAAUCUGAAAUGGACUUUUGAGGAAAAAGCAAAGGUUACAUGUGAUUAUUAAUUAAAAAUAAAUGAUAUUCAUUUUUUAAUAACUGUUUUAGUUGCUUUGGAAUUAUCUAUGUUACUUAUCCAGUGCAGCUGCAAACAACACUUGCUUUCCUGGGUACCUGUCCCACGUGGGAAGCCAGAUGGACUGGAGGGAGUGGGGGUGGGGGAAGGCUGUAUUUGCUUGGCUGACUCUUGCUUCUAAGCAGGAGUCAUUUUCUUAUAAAUAAAUCAAGGCUUCUGUCAGGUUCCAGUUCCAGCGUUUGUACACAAAUUUACUAAUACUAUUCACCCCACCCCCAAACCCCUAAAAAAAAAAAAUUAGAGCGAAUCAGUGGAAAAGUACAGCUUCUUUCCUGAUUGUGAAUCUAAGAAGGAAAGUACAAAUUUUUGUGAUUUCAAAAAAAAAAUGUUUUGGUCUAUUACAGUGAUAAUACUCCAGAGGACUUAUUUUCUGUCCAAGCUCUGUCUAGAGUUUAAUUCAGAAUUUGGUUAUUUGAUGUGGUGGGUGACAAAGAAAGUAUUUGAUUGAAAAACAACUAGAGAUCAGAAUACAAUGUAAAAGUUAUUGUGUUGCAUUAUGUGUAUGCACAUGUAUUUACAUACAUGCAUACAUGUAAGUAUUUAUUUGUGUGCCAUGAAGGUGGCCACUCUUAGCUGAAUGGUUACUCAGGAGCCUGGAUCUGAGUGUAUUUGUUUUCUGUUGACAGUCAAUAUAAUGAGGCAUAGGGAAGAAAGCAAUGGAGUUGGAUCAAAAAAGCAGCAAGUUAUUCAGUUUUGUUUUGUUUUGUUUUUUUUUUCCUUCCCAUCUAAAAAAUGUGUAUAUGAAUUUAUCAUGCAUGGCUUGUUUUGGUGCCAGUGGGAUCUGUUACUUUCUUCACAUUUAUCACAAAAAAAGUAUAAAUUUCCUAAGGAAAUGGUAGGCCACAGAAUGAGGCUUUAGUUUGAACUUGUUCAGUAUUCAGUUUUCGUCCUUCCAUAUUUUAAAAUGAAAACAUGGCUCAGUCUGUUUGAAUUUUAAGAGUAGAAUUUUACUUGGUGAAAAACAGUGUAUCUUUUGCACCGGGUAUUAAUGCAGUUCUUAUUCUAACCCUAUAUUGGGCUGAUAUCUCCCUGCAUAAUAUCAGGUUAUGAAAUUUGGGCAUGUAAUGGAGAAAGCAGACAGACUUGAGAUAUCUGAUGUUAAAUAUAGUACAAUUUCAAUAUCCUCCUACCCUGAUUUCACUGUAAUUUAUUAUGAGACCUCUGGAAGAAAGCUUGAGCACAUUCUGUGAACUGUUGAGAAUUUCUUUUUUAGGAAGAAAAAAGAUAAAGAAUAAUGUUCUUGUGAAGAUAUUUAUUUUAACAUGGGAGUGACUAUUAAGUGUAUAACUGUAAUUAUGUGCAGAAUCUAAUUGUAUCAUUAAGGAUUUCUAGAUAAAGAAGCACAAAAGGAGAGAGCAGGUAUUUUCUCAGAAAGAAUAAGGUUUUUUUUUUUUAAAUACUUGAGAAAAAUGAUACAGAAAGAAAACAUGAUCAUUUCUUAAUUUGUCCAGUAGCUUACAGUUUGAUCUUCAUUAUAUUCUGAUUGCAUAUAGGAUGCUUUGAUUCCUGGUUUUCAUGAAAAGCAGUACCAGUAAAUGCAUUUGUGACACUUUUAAUUUAAAAACACUUUUAAAAUUAGAUUAGCACAUAAUAAAUAAGAUGAAUUGAUAUUUGAUGACUACAGAUGGCAUCAUUUUAGGAGGGAAUCAAGGGAACAUCAUAAAAGAGCAAAUAUUUUUAAUAAAAAAAGACUCAGAAGCAAAUUUUUGUGUUAUAUUAGAUUUAAGGAAUCUGAUCUUAUUGGUUGAUAAAUUUAAAUUGAUGUUUUAUUUUUAUUAGAAAUAAUUUUUAAAAGUAUUUGAAUCCCAGUUAGUACAUUUUCACCAGGGAAGUGGUUAAAAGCUUCAGUAUCAUCAAAGUAGUUCUAAAUGUUUUACGUUUUAUAACAUCAUGAGUACUAAGUGGUCUAUAGAAAAGACUGAGCUUCUUACUUGCUAAGUACAUUUGUAACCUAAAUAUCAAUGGUUAUCAUACACCUCCAAUAUUUAAAAAGUUCAUUUUCCCUUUAAAAAAAAUGUAAAUUCAUUGUUUCUCCAUUCCACCCCCUUAUCUUAUAACAGCUACCAUGCCUUUCCAAAUCACAAAUUACAUAUACAUAUGUGUAAUUUAUGAUUUGUAAAGCAUAUUGUCUCGGAGUUUUGUAGGUAGCUGUGGAUUAAUGAAUGGAGUCUAGAACAAUGGGAUGGUCGCCUACAACAAAGAACUAUUCUAUUACAUUCAGUUCUCAUGCCAGGGGGGGUCCAAGAAAUUUAUUAUUUAUUAUUAUAAUGCUUCAUAGUUAACAAGACACUUCCAUUAUUUUAUUUGAUUCUCACAAUUUUCUGGUAAUAGACGCUACAGGUAUUUUAAGCAGCUUUUAAUAGAUGAAGAAACAAAAAUUUAGGAUAUUAAAUGAUGUGCCCAAGGUAACGACAAGUAAUUGUCAGGGACAGAUUUUAAACCCAUUCAGAUUUCAGUCUUAAGUUUUGUUGUGCUGAAGUAAUAGCAAUGUUUAAUGAAAAUAACCAUUCUGUACAACUGUUAAAAUUUUUUUUCUUCAUUUUUGACACCUGUUUAAAAGUUUUUGACUUCUAAAUUCUCUCCCUUCUGUUUCUCCUAUACCCAUUGUGAAGGCUAGCAAUAUGAUGUCAGUUAUUAAUGUGAAGUCAUGCAAGAUAUUUCCAUAUUAGCUGUAUUGGAAAUAAAGAGAAAGCAAGAAAAAACAGAAAGUAAAAAAUUUUGUAUUUGGAGAUCAAUUUUCUCUCUAGAGGUGAGAUAGGAAUUAUCUUGAUCACAGUAGCUAAGUCUUUCACAGUUGAUCAUCUUUAGAAUAUUACUGUGUAUAGUGUUCUGGUUCUGCUCACUUCAAUUGCAUCAGUUAACAAAAGUCUUGAAAUAUAUUGUUACAAUUUAAAAACCUGCCACAGUAAUGUGAUUACUGCAUGAUGGAAAUUAAUUGCUACUAUUAUUUUUAAAGUUUUAUUGAUGUAAUUUUUAAAAUUCCAUUGUCAUUUUCAAAAACUGUCUGCUUCUGCCUCCUUUUCUCCCCUCAACUAUUCUUGUUAUAUUUAAGUAAAACAAAUCAACAUAUUGACCAGAACAGUCAUAUUUACUAGAUUUUGUCAGAAUUAGCAUCAGUAUGCUGAAGUCACAGUUGAUCAUAGCAUUGAUAGAGAUCCCAAAUUAUUUAGUGUUGUUUUUUUCCCUUAUAUUUUUGUGGUCCUGACUUUACUUUUUCUCUGCAUUAUUUCUCCUAAAUUUCUGGGUUCUUAAAUUUUGUCAUUUUUGCGUCACAACAAUAUUUUUUAUAUCAUAUUGAUAGCAUUUAUGUGGCAUUUUAAGGUUAGCAAAGCAUUUUUCAUAUAUUAUUUCAUUUGAUCUUCAUAAUACUGUGAAGUAGGUGCCAUUAUCCCCAUUUUACAGAUGAGGAAACAGAAAAGUGAUUAAACAAUUUAACUCACAGAGUUAAAUAAGUGUGUGAGAUUGGAUUGGAACACGGAUCUUUUUGUCUUCAAGUCCAGCCUGCUAUCUGCUGCAAAUUUGUUCAGCAAUUCCUGAAAUAAUGGUCACCCAAAGAAUUGAGUUCUUUGCAACUGCAAAAAUAAUGUUAUACAGUGUUUGUGUGUGUAUACACAUAUAUUUAUGUUUUACCAUUACCUUUGUCUUAAAAGUUCCUUUGUGUAUAUACACCAUAUCCAAGAGUAUGCAUACUUUUUUUUAAAGCAUAAUUCCAAAUAAUUUUCCAGAAUGAGUGGACUAAUGCACAGCUCCACAUAAUGUAUUUAAUGUGUCUUUUUAUAGUCCCUCUAUUGUUCGCCAUUUUCCAUAAGUCAUCUUUGCCAGUCUGAUAGAUACAAACCUUUUUCAUUUUUUCAUUCCUCUUAUUAGUGAUUUGGAGUAUUUUUCAUAGUUAUUGAUAGCUUUUCCAUUUGAAAACUAUUCAUAUCCUCUGACCACUCAUUAGGAAACACCAUUAAUUUUUAAAUCUUCAGCAUUAAAAAUAAGCAGUGGAUUUGCAACAACAAAUGGGUUCAAGUAUGACUCAAUUAUUUAUUAACUAGGGUAUCUUGGGCAAGUCACUUAAUGUCUUUGAGUCUCAGUUUACCUUGUUUGUGAAGUGAGUGGAUUGGACUAAAUUAUCCAGCUCUAAAUCCUAUGUCUUUACAAAGAUAUAAUGUCUUGACAAUUCUUUUUGACAUUGUAAUGAAAGAUCAAUUAGAAAAUAUUAAUAAAAACAGGUGCCAUGGACUUAUUACAACAUGAGUUGAGGAAAAUUCUGUUACAUGAACUGUUUUAGUGAUUCCACAAUUGGGUACCAAUAAUAUAAGAAUGGAUGCUCCUCAAAGACAGAGACUUUUUUUUUUUUUUGUCUUGUAUUUCUAGUUCCUAAUUCACUAGCAUCACAGGUGCCUAUUAAAGGUUUAUUGAUAAUCAAAUUGUUAGCUAUAUGCACCAAGGUUGGGCUGGUGACGCAAAGCCAAAAUAAAAUAUCCAGCAUGCCUCAAUAUAACCAAGAGAAUAUUUUGUGGUUUAAGAAGACUAAAUAAAAUAGAUGAUCAUUAAUUGGGAAAUAACUAAACAAAUUGUGGUAUAUGAAUGUAAUGGAAUAUUACUAUGCCAGUUGAGGAAUGGAGAGAAAUCAGGGAAGAUGAAUAUGAACUGAUACAGAGAAUACAAAGUGAAAUUAGAAUCAGAAAAAUAUAUGUGAUUUAUGUCAUUGUAAAUGGAAAGAACAAUAAAAUGAAAUGAAGAUG